AUGUGGAUUUUAGGUGCAGAUAAGAGUGUUAUUACUAUCAUGUGUCUCCACAUCUUAUGUUUAUUACUUCUAUUGAAAGUAAAUGCAAAAGAAGAAUCAUAUGAAUCUGAUGAUAGAGUCAUAAAUCUUCCUGGUCAGCCUUCAAGCCCAUCAGUUUCACACUUCUCAGGUUAUAUCACUGUCAAUGAAGAUCAUGGGAGGGCCCUCUUCUACUGGUUCUUUGAAGCUCAAUCUGAACCUUCCAAUAAGCCCCUCCUUCUUUGGCUCAAUGGAGGACCUGGAUGUUCCUCCAUUGGUUAUGGUGCAGUUGUUGAGGUAGGACCUCUUAUCAUCAACCAAAAUGGUGAUGGUCUGCAUUUCAACCCAUAUUCUUGGUAUCAAGAAGCAAAUUUGUUAUUUGUGGAGUCCCCAGUUGGAGUUGGUUUUUCUUACAGCAAUACAACUUCUGAUUAUCUCACCAUUUUAGAGGAUAAUCUUGUGGCUGAGGAUUCCUACAAUUUCUUGGUGAAUUGGCUGCAACAAUUCCCACAAUUCAAAUCCAGGGACUUUUUCAUAGCUGGAGAAAGCUAUGGUGGGCACUAUAUCCCCCAACUCGCAGAGCUAGUCUUCGAUCGAAACAAAGAUAAAAGCAAAUACCCUUUUAUUAAUCUUAAAGGUUUUAUUGUAGGGAAUCCAAAAACUGAUGAUUACUAUGAUAAUAAAGGCCUUGUGGAAUAUGCAUGGAGCCAUGCAGUUAUACCAGACCAACAAUAUGACAAAGCAAAACAAGUUUGUGAUUUUAAGAAAUCUGAAUGGUCUAAUGAAUGUAACAUUGCCAUGAAUGAAAUCUUCACAGAUUACUCAGAGAUUGACAUAUACAACAUUUAUGCUCCGUCGUGUCGUCUUAAUAACUCAUUUAACAAUAAUCAUGGCCGGGAACCACUCACAAAGAUGAUGAGAAUUGGAAAUAAUAAUUAUAAAGUAAAGAGGAUGAGAAUUUAUUUUGAAGGCUAUGAUCCAUGCUAUUCCACAUAUGCAGAGGAAUAUUUCAAUAGGGUGGAUGUUCAAUCAUCUUUUCAUGCAAAUAUUAGAGGAGGAAAUACUAAUAAUGCAGCAUGGAAAGUUUGCAAUGAUUCCAUAUUGAGGAGUUACAAUUUCUCUGUAUUUUCGGUCCUACCAAUCUACACAAAACUCAUCAAAGGUGGCCUUAAAAUAUGGAUUUACAGUGGAGACACAGAUGGGAGAAUACCAGUGAUAGGGACACGGUAUUGGGUUGAAGCUCUGGGAUUAUCUCUGAAGUCUAGUUGGCAGAAUUGGUACCAUGACAAUCAGGUUGGUGGAAGGAUAGUGGAAUAUGAAGGGCUAACAUACGUGACAGUGAGAGGGGCAGGUCACUUGGUACCAUUAAACAAACCAAGUGAGGCUCUCUCCCUCAUUCAUUCUUUCCUUUCAGGCCAACAUCUUCCUACUCAUCACAAAUAAUCAAUUCUAUAUUAAUUAUGUACCAAAUAUAUAUAUAGGAUAAAUAAGAAGGAACUAUAUGUACGUAUCUUGUAUGUAAUAAAAAUAAAUUAGAUUGAA